GAGGAGAACUCCGUUCCCCGGACCGGUGUGGUGGAGAAGAGGCUGCAGGUUGCGGGCGGAGAAGGAAAAGCCGAUCGCUCGGGCGCCAAGCCGCUACUCCACCGUGAGGGAGGCGCGCGACGAACUUGCCAACUCGCGGGGGCUCCCUCGGCGGGGAAGCAGCAGGAACGAAACGCGGAGUAUCUCUCGCCUAGUAGAGCGGAGCCUGUGACCUUGCGCAGUGGAGGACUCGGGUGGCUGUUCCGAGAGUGAGGAGGCGGAAAGAAGCCGAGCGAGGAAGAGGGGAUCUGCUUUGCUGAAGGUUCGUCCAGGAACAAAUCACAGAAAUGAUCCAGAAAGUUUAAUCCUUUUGUGAUGGAGUUGAAAGUCUGGGUAGAUGGAGUCCAGCGGGUUGUAUGCGGCGUUUCAGAUCAGACAACGUGUCAGGAAGUUGUCAUAGCACUGGCACGGGCCAUUGGUCAAACAGGUCGCUAUGUUCUCAUCCAAAGGCUACGUGAGAAGGAGAGACAGCUUCUCCCACAUGAAUGUCCUGUAGAGUCUCUAUCCAAAUGUGGCCAGUAUGCCCAGGAUGUGCAAUUUAUAUUGCAACGUACUGGUCCCAGCCUCAUAGAGAGGCCCUCUUCAGACAGUGCCCCCCAGAUGCCUGAGAGGACGUUUGUCAGGGCUAGCUUGCCUAUUAAACCUAGACCACUCAGUACAGAAGUACCUAGAACCAGGCCACCCAAAAAAUCUUUAACCUUCAACUUGGGUCCUGUGAGUUCAAGUGAUGCCUGUGCUAAAAACAAACUGAGGCAGCCCAAAAAGGAUCCGAUGUGUGUUAGAGAUGGAGCCAGAGGGGGGUUACUUUCCAAAGAGGAGCUAUUCAAGACCGUCUUACACCAACAGGAGCAUCUCUGCACGCUGGAGAUGCAAGGUGAUGCCUUGGAAAUGGACAUCAGGCAUUGGGAAUGCAGCCAGGGCUCUUAUCAGGAGGAUGAGAUUUUGCAGCUGGAGCAGCUGAUCCACCAAAAUGAGAGCCAGCUGAGUGAGGAAGAAUUUUGGCAGAAUGAGCUACAGUCAGAAAAAGAGCACGAAAGGGAGCGGCGUGAGAAAGUGCACAGCCUGAGGGCCACAAUGGAGGAGUAUACAAAAAAAAUCCAUGAGCUUAUGGUAAAAACAGAGACCUUGGAAAGAGAAAUCCAGUGGGAAAUCGCUGAGAGAGCCAAGAGGACCAAGGAAACUUCAACCGUGAAUCGUACUGAGCUAGAGGAGAUGGCAGCUAAAAUAAAAAGAGACCUGGAAGCCAAGUCCAAGCAAAGUGCGCAGCUUGAAAGCAGUCUGGAUACGGUUGGGAGGGCCUUGGAGGAAGUAGAGCACAGUCUGCAGGCCCAGAACCAAGAGCUGGAGGAAUUGAAUAAGGAACUCAGGCAAUGUAAUUUACAACAAUUCAUCCUGCAGACAGGAGCCAUGGUGACUACUCCACAGACCAUAUCAGAGGCAGAAUCGCAGCUGGAUCAAAUUAGCCAAGAGUUGCCAACUCACCACAGAAAUGGAGAUUUGUCAGAACUCGGCAGAGACUCACCUCCCAGAACUACAGCCAAGCAUUUCCUCGGCAAUCCACGCAACCUGCAGAAUCCCCUGGUGUCCAGCUUGAACCCCGAGGUCGUAUCAGCAAAGCAGAGCAUCUGGAGGUAAAAAGGCCAGCCAAGGAAGACUGAUAGUUUUGCGAAUAUAACAGAUGCACAGAUAAAAACUCUUAUUACCUAUGUAUAUUUGCCUUCUUAGAUGGAUGUAGAUGGUUGUGCAGAAUAUUUUUACAGGCUUUUUUUUUUUAAGUAAAAAAGAUCCUUGGAGGAAGCAGACUGCUUGUUUUUUGUUUUUGUUUUUUUAAAUGUGCCUGUUAUAAUUUCAAAUGAAAAAACUGGAACAGCUUUGUUGAAAAUGUAUAUUCUAUGACAAUGCUUUGGACUGAAUAGCAAUUGCCCUGGAGGGUUAUAAACUGUGCUGGAGAAGUGUUCAAAGCAGAGAACAUCUCUUAGGUCCAUUUAACUGCCCAACAAAGGAGGUGUGUAUUACCAACCGGAUUUCUUUACUGAACUCUAUCAAUGCACUGGAGCAUUUCUUAUUGUUUGUUGGAUGAUGAUUUUUUUGUUGAAUAAUGAUUAUAUUUUGUAAAUUAAGAGGUUGGUUGUUGUUUUUUUAAACUUGAUGAGAGAGAAAUUAUCUCAUUCCUGAUAAGAAUAUAAAAACCAGAAAUACUGCUCUGGGACAGAGGUUUUUUGACCAUCCACAGAUGUCUUUUAUGGUGUGGUUGAUCCUGAGUCAGCCUUUUAUAAAAAAAAAAAUCCUUCAGCUCUAAUAAAAGAUGGGAUCAAGGUGCUAGUCCUGUCUUGCCAUUUGUGUCUCAUGCCAAGUAUUUUGUCAUCCAGUGUUGUACAAUGUAAUUUUGCAUAUAAAUUGCUCCAGCAUAGAAAUGUAUAUUCUCUACUCACACAAUAAUUCUGGACUAUUCUAAAACCCAAGAUGUAAAAAUAAAAUUUUCCAAGCGAACGAAUUCUUGAUACUUUCAUACAGUGGAAAAUGGAUGUGUUCCAGUGGAAGCCAGCCAUAAGAAGGACUGUCUUCUACUUUAGAGCAAGUGGUUCUUGGAUUUGUCUGUGGGUCUUUCUUCUUUUCAGAGCAGCUUCUGGUGGCUUAAUUGCAUAUUCUGAGUUGCACAAGAGAAUGGCCAAUGCAGAGGUGGUGCAGCAAACUGCAAUACAUUAUGGUCUCCACAGGGGAUAAGCAAUUUGGAACUUUUCAGAUAUUUUGGACUAUAAGUCUCAUCAACUGCUACCAUGACAAAUAAUAGGGAAUGGAUGGGAAUUGCAGUCCAUCCUGAAAUGUGAAGCUUGUCUAUCCCCGAUCAGUCUUUUGGCAAAAGCCCGAAUAGCAUUUGAAAGGUGUUUCUUGUUAAUAAGAUACUUGCUUUGAUUUAAGGAUAGAGAACCAAUAUUGCUACUCUGUUCCUCCGACUAGCCGCAGCUCAUUUGGUCUCAUAGUAGACUUAAUUCACUAUGUAUUGGAACCUGAUUUGAGGAUUUCGAGGACACGAGGAAGAAGAAAUCUGAAAGCAGCAACAAAAGAAAGGAAAAUAUAUCCUUCCCUUCUCAUUCCCAGCAGCACCUUAGCUUUAUAAUAAUACAAUUUGUGCUACUGUUGAACAUAGUGUAAGGAAAGGACAGAGGCCACGUGCAUGUCUGGAGAAAUCUUUGAGAUGGCCACUGCCCAAAAUUAUAUAUGUUCUCCUCUAAUUAUUACUUUCUGGCUGCUUUCAAUAGCUUCUUCCUUUGUUGGUUGUUUUUGACCAUUCUCAGAAUAGACUGAGAAGCUAUAUGAAUACUGAUGUGGAUAUGUUGAACUUUGAUUAAUCUGUUGAACAGCUAAAGUGAUCUUUAGUGGAACACUAAAUGAGCCACAUUAUUCUCCAGAUAUACCACCCAGUACCAGUACAACCUUUUUGAGGUAGUUGAGGUAGAAAAAUAUUUUUUUAAAAACCGUAGUAAAGAUUGGGUCCCAGGACACAAUAUUUUUUCAGAAGUGCUCUUCCCAGGUAGGCUAAAAAUCUGGACUUCAGUUUUGGACAGAGAAUGAAAUCAUUCUCUUUUUUCUGAACUUGUGUACCAUUUAAAAACCUAGCAUUUCUAAAAUACUUUCUAUAAACUGUGUCCUUCAGUAAAAAUGAGCCGAUUUUUUUUCAAGUUAAAAUAUUUUCAAGUGUUUGUUUUUUUUAAAAGAAAA